AUGGAAGUCGCCGACAUCGCCGUCAAGCCCGUGCGCGACUUCGCGCGCGACAGCGCGCGGCUGGUGAAGAAGUGCGCCAAGCCCGACGCGCGCGAGUUCUGGAAGAUCGCCGCGCGAACGGCGACGGGGUUCGUCAUCAUGGGAUUCGUGGGAUUCUUCGUCAAGCUCAUCUUCAUCCCGAUCAACAACAUCAUCCUGAGCAGCUGA